AUGCUUGAUGCGUCGGGGUCUGCUCAUAUCUUCAUCAGCAUGAACAGCUGCAGAGAUCCAGUUGGCAUCGAUGGCAGCGUCCAGCAGCUGGCUGACAACACCAGGUACUGGGCGGUGACGAACAUCGACUACAUCCACCAGCGGACGGCGCGCCGCAUCGGGCUGAUGAUCCUGGCGGUGUGGGCGGUCGCCUUCCUGGUGUGCAUCGCGCCGAUGCUGGGCUGGAAGGACCCCGACUGGGAUGCGCGCGUCUCCAGGGACCGGCAGUGCCUGGUGAGCCAGGACCCCGGCUACCAGAUCUUCGCCACCGCCUCCUCCUUCUACGUGCCGCUCGCCGUCAUACUCGUGCUCUACUGGCGCAUCUUCCAGACGGCGCGCAAGCGCAUCCGGCGGCGGGUGACGGCGUCUGCGGGCGGCGGCGCGGCGGCGCGCAACCCGGCGGCGGGCGGCGUGGUGGCGGGCGCGGCCGGCACCUCUGGCGGGCUGGCCGCCGCCGUCGUCACCGUCAUCGGCCGGCCGCUGCCCACCAUCUCCGAGACGACGACCGCCUUCACCACCGUCUCCUCCAACAACAGCAGCCCCGAGAAGGGCUCCGUCGCCAACGGGCUCGAGCCGGACGCGCCCACCGUCACCGACUGCAACAUGUCCUACGCUCCGCUGGCGGUGGCGGGCGUCACGUCCGUUGUGCGGCGCAAGCCCAAGGACUCGGCUGACUCGAAGCGCGAGCGCAAGGCGGCCAAGACGCUGGCCAUCAUCACGGGCGCUUUCGUGGCCUGCUGGGCGCCCUUCUUCACGGUGGCGCUGGUGCUGCCGCUGUGCGCCGCCUGCGUCGUCUCGCCGCACCUCAUGGCCGUCACCCUCUGGCUGGGCUACUUCAACUCGACGCUGAACCCCGUCAUCUACACCGUGUUCAGCCCCGAGUUCCGGCACGCCUUCAAGCGGCUGCUGUGCGGCCGGCGGGCCACGGACCUGCGCCGCCGCAACCGACAGCUGGGAGUUCGCUACCUGCAGUGA